UGACACACAGCCAUGCUGCUGGUGAAGUGACUCACAGGGUGGAGGACAGAGGGAGGACCGCAAGUCAUUUCAGAGUUGAAGAAGCUCCUCGGAAGAGAGGAGCGAAAGUGUUGGAGGAGAAAAAGAGCCGAGCCGAGGCUGCCGGCUACAUCCAAGCUGCCAUGAUAGUCACACCUCUGUGCAGGAUAGCAUCAUCACAGAUGGCUGAGGCUGAACUUCACAAGGAGAGGCUCCAAGCCCUUGCAGAGAAAAGGAAAAGACAGUCAGAAAUAGAGGACAAAAGGAGACAGCUGGACGAUCUGGUGCUGCAGCUUCAACAUCUCAAGUCUAAAGCCAUGAGAGAGCGCUGGCUCCUACAAGGCACGACCCCUGGAACUAAUGACGAAGACGAUGGACGAAGACAACAGCUGGAGAAAGACGAAGAGCAGGGGAAGAGACUGGAGGACACUAUUCACAGGUUGGAGUCAGAGAUUGGUCUUUUGGAGAGCGAGGAGUGUCAGAUCUCAGCUAAAGAGCAGACCCUCAGGGAGAGACUGAGGGAGACAGAGAGGUCCAUAGAAGACCUACAGAAAAGUCUCCAGAAUGAGCAUGAUGCUGUGAGUAACGCCUCACCCCAGCUCCCCGACCAGCUCCCCGAGCAGCAGCCAGACAUCAGAGACUCCUCCACCACUUAUCUUCAUCAGGCCACAGCCUCAACAGCACCUGCCUCUGGGGAGCAGCCAAAGAAACCUGCGAUGUACGCCAUGGAGAUCAAUGUGGAGAAGGACAGAAAGACAGGGGACACCAGGAUCCUGUCAGCGUCUUCCGUCAGCCCUGAUGAAGUGCCUGACUGCGGGGUCAAGGUUUUCGACGACGGCCGGAAUGUUGUCUAUGAGGUCCGCUCGGGGGGGUCCUCUACCCUGGACAAUGGGGUUCACCACUGGAGCUCCCAACAGGUGGAUGAGCUGAUGAAGCGGGUCGGGGCGACCACCGGCUGUGCUCAGGGAGGCAAGGCUAAGGUCACUGUCAACCCCGCCGACGCUGAUGACCCCAAAACCUCCCCCAAGUCCAUUGACCACUCCGUGAUAUACGGGGGUGAGGUGCUGGAGGCUCCCCAGGCUACGGCAGAGAAGCCGAUCACGAUGAUCUUCAUGGGCAAUCAUAAUGUAGACGACCAGGAUGAGACCAAGAGGCUGCUGGGAUUCGACGGCACCAUCAAGGCUGAGAUCGUCCUGAUCGAUGAGGACGAUGAGAAGUCGCUACGGGAGAAAACGGUGACAGACGGUUACUCCGUAAUCGACGGCAACGCCGCCGACCUGGUGUCCGGCUCCCGGCCGCUCAGCGACACCACCGAACUGUCGUCGGAGGGGAAGGACGAGAGCUCUGCCACGGCCACCAAGGAACUCCCCUCCCCAGCAGGUAUAGAGAAGAAAGAGCGCUGCCACUGCUGUACUAUCAUGUGACCUCAUUACUUUAACUACACUACCCACAACUCUCUGUUACUCUUGGGACUGCAGGGAGGGAGGAGCUCAUUGGUUAAUCAAGGCUCUGAUCUCCCUCCUCCCUAAACCCUCUUCCUCCUCCUCCUCCUAUUCCUCCUCACGGCUACUAACAGAACCUACCCUCUGACGCCUGGAACUUGGCUGCAUUGACAUCAUUCUUUUUAACUCUGACCUUUGACCCACCUUUGUGAGCCUGUGUCUGACCUUUAUCCUGACGAUGCUCCCCCCCAGGAAAGUAAAGGCACUCUGUCACUCCCUUCAGUAGGACAACGGUGGAAGUUGAAGUUGCCCCAAAUAAAGGGUCAGUUUUAGAUUUUUACGACUACAGAUGAAGGUCAGGAUUGGAUGAGGGGAAGCUGAUCCUAGAUCUGUACCUAGAGGAAACUUUACCCCAGAGCAAGGACAACACACCACCAUUCCUACCAGAGCAGCACAGGGUUGGGUUUGCCACUAGUUUCAUUUUAUUCACAUUACAUUUGGUCUAUAAGAAAUAGGUUAUAACACAAUCCUUUAAAACCUGACCAAGGAAUGUUUGGUGUUAAAGACCUGGAUCAGAUGACUCUCUAUCUGGCACUCCUAAAAACAACAGAAAGUAGACCUGCACAUACAGAUAUAUAGUAUGUUACAGUAUAGGUUGAUAUCCACACCCAUCUGUCUAGUUGCCUCAUUCAAGCAAAGACUGACUGGAUGGAUAUCCCACAGACUAGGGGCCCAUCCCAAACUGCACCUUAUUCCCCAUGUAACACAGUGCUUUUGACCAGAUCCUUGAGGGUAGAGAGGCCCUGACCUUGAAACAACACCAAAUAUGUUUUAUGUGAGGAUUUGUGUAAAACGUAGUGCACUAUAUAGGGAAUAGGGCUCUGGUCUAAAGUAGUGCACUAUAUAAGAAAUAGGGCUCUGGUCUAAAGUAGUGCACUAUAUAGGGAAUAGGGUGCCAUUUGGGAUAUAUCCUGAGAAGGGCAUUACUUAUAAUCUUCUGUCUGUACUGUAAGAACCAUGAACAGUUAUCAUAAUUAAUGAUAGGCACUGUACAUCAUCCGAACCAUGACAGAGUACAGGAGGGAACAAUCAGAGUAUAGGAGGGAACUACCAGAGUAUAGGAGGGAACUACCAGAGUAUAGGAGGGAACUACCAGGGUAUCAGAGUAUAGGAGGGAACUACCAGAGUAUAGGAGGGAACUACCAGGGUAUCAGAGUAUAGGAGGGAACUACCAGGCUAUCAGAGUAUAGGAGGGAACUACCAGGCUAUCAGAGUAUAGGAGGGAACUACCAGAGUAUAGGAGGGAACUACCAGAGUAUAGGAGGGAACUACAAGUGUAUCAGAGUAUAGGAGGGAACUCUACCAGGGUAUCAGAGUAUAGGAGGGAACUACCAGAGUAUAGGAGGGAACAAUCAGAGUACAGGAGGGAACUACCAGGUUAUCAGAGUAUAGGAGGGAACUACCAUAGUAUAGGAGGGAACUACCAGGGUAUCAGAGUAUAGGAGGGAACUACCAGGGUAUAGGAGGGAACUACCAGAGUAUAGGAGGGAACUACCAGGCUAUCAGAGUAUAGGAGGGAACUACCAGAGUAUAGGAGGGAACUACCAGAGUACAGGAGGGAACUACCAGGUUAUCAGAGUACAGGAGGGAACUACCAUAGUAUAGGAGGGAACUAUCAGGCUAUCAGAGUAUAGGAGGGAACUACCAGGGUAUCAGAGUAUAGGAGGGAACUCUACCAGGGUAUCAGAGUAUAGAAGGAAACUCAACCCGGGUAUCAGAGUAUAGGAGGGAACUCUAUUAUGAUAUUAGAUUUACUGUAUUUGAAUGUUUUUGCUUUUUAACAAAAUGUAUUGAAAGGCCAUUGAAAGGAUUUAUGAAACCACAGAUCUCCUCACUGCAGAACAUCUCAGUGUUACGACUCAACUCAGAUCAGCAGCUGGUUUUCAGGUUUCUGACAUGCUCUAUAUUUUUAUAUCACUCUUUGUCUCUGUGUUGUCUCUCUCUCUCUGUCUCUCUCUCUCUCUCUCUCUCUCUCUCUGUCUCUCUCUGUCU